AGAAGGUAACGGACUAGCACUGUGGGUCAGAUCGACCCCUCUAAAAUUCUCCAAACUACUUUGACGCAAAUAUGAACAUAAACAGUAGUGACUUGACGUAUACGUUCAACGCUGCGUGAGUUCUUCAAAUAUGAACAUAAACAGUAGAGUAGUGAUUAACAUCACAGACAGAGCCAUACAAUGGACUACUCAUUGUACUACUACAUGUAUCGAUGCCAGUAGCUUUGCUCGAUUGGUUCCCUUGCCGAUCAACAAACCUCACACCACAAUUAUUGCAACAUUCAUGAUGGCCAGCAGAUUCGCCAGCCUAGCUGCCCUCCUUUCGCUGAUCUCCCACCUUGCCAUGCGCCAGUGCGCAUCGUCGUCAUCAUCAUCAUCAUCGGGACAACACACACUGGGCACCGGGUCGUCCAUGUCGGUGGAAGACCACGCACGGCCCUUCCUGGUGUCGCCGGACGGCACCUUCUCCUGCGGCUUCCUCGAAGCCGGCGACAACGCCUACUACUUCUCCAUCUGGUUCACCGCCACCGAGAACAGGACCGCCGUCUGGACGGCCAACCUUGGCGACCCGGUCAAUGGCCGGCUCUCCAGCAUCUCGUUCGGCCACGACGGCAAACUGGCCCUCGCCGACGCCAAUGGCACCACCGUGUGGGACAGCAAGACGGGGGGCAGCAAGGGCAAGCAACUCACCGUAUCCCUCCUCGACACCGGCAACCUCGUCAUCGCGGACGCCGGGCGUGCCGCGGCGUGGGUGUGGCAGAGCUUUGACUGGCCCACGGACACCCUGCUCCCGUCUCAGCCGCUGACCAAGGAUAAGAAGCUGGUGGCCGGCUACUACACCCUCUACUACGACAACGACAACGUGCUGCGGCUCCUCUACGACGGCCCGGACAUCGCGAGCAUCUACUGGCCGAACCCGGACAGGGACGUGUUCGGCAACGGCCGGACCAAGUACAACAGCUCACGGGUCGGCGUCCUCGACGACACCGGCGUGUUCCUCUCCAGCGACAACCUGCGCGUCCAGGCCUCCGAUCAGGGCGUCCCCGGCGUCAAGAGGCGGCUGACCAUCGAGCAGGACGGCAACGUGAGGAUAUACAGCCUGAACAACAACGGCACCACCGGGUCUGCCGCUCCAGGCGCAUGGACGGUCACGUGGGCGGCAGUACAACAGCCUUGCUCCGUGCACGGGCUGUGCGGCAAGAACGCCGUCUGCCAGUACCAGCCUUCCUUCCGAUGCUCGUGCUUACCCGGGCACGUGAUGGCCGACCCGCGGGACGGGAGAAAGGGCUGCGUGCCGACGUUCAACGUCACCGCCGCCAACUGCAGCGAAGUGGCGCCGGAGCGGUUCACCUUCGUCAAGGUGGCAUACACCGACUUCUACGGCUACGACCUCGGGUACAACGAGUCCGUCACGUUCGGCUACUGCAGGAACAUCUGCCUGCGGAUGUGCUUGUGCACCGCCUUCUCCUACAGGCUGGAUGGCAGCGGCAAAUGCUACCCGAAAAGCGUCCUGUUCAACGGCUACACGUCCAGCGUGUUCCCGGGAAGCAUCUAUCUCAAGGUGCCUAGCGAUAACAAUAAUCUCAACGCCGGCUCGGCAGCAGCACCGCCGCCGUCCACGGGUCUUGCCUGCAAAUCCAACGGCUCCUUGGCCCCGAGAUAUCCACAGAGGACGUAUGUGAUGCCAAGCAACGGCCCAAACUGGACCUACUUCUUUGCGUUCGCGACGGCGCUGGGAGUCGUGGAGCUUCUCUUCGUGGCCGCGGCAUGGUGGUUCCUGUCCGGCAUGGAGAGCGUGCCCAGCUCGCUGCAGGCGGGGUACAGGAUGGUCAUGGCGAGCCAGUUCAGGAGGUUCUCGUACCGGGAGCUCAAGAGCGCGACGGGGAACUUCAAGGAGGAGCUCGGCAGGGGCGGCUCCGGCGUCGUGUACCGCGGCGUGCUCGACAAGAACGACACCACUGCCGUGGUGGCGGUGAAGAAACUGACGGACAACGUGACGCAGAGCGACGAGGAGUUCUGGGCGGAGGUGACGGUGCUGGGGAGGAUCAACCACAUCAACCUGGUCAGGAUCUGGGGGUUCUGCUCGGAACGGAAGCACAAGCUGCUGGUGUACGAGCACGUGGAGAACGAGUCCCUGGACAGGCACCUGUUCGGCGCCGGCAUCGGCAUGGGCGGCAGGACUCUGGCGUGGGGCGAGCGGUACAGGAUCGCGCUGGGCGCGGCCAGGGGCCUGGCUUACCUCCACCACGAGUGCCUCGAGUGGGUCAUCCACUGUGACGUGAAGCCCGAGAACAUCCUGCUGACGCGGGACCUCGACGCCAAGAUCGCCGACUUCGGGCUGGCCAAGCUAUCCGGGAGGGACUCUGCGGGCGUGCACUUGGCCCAGAUGAGGGGGACGGCCGGGUACAUGGCCCCCGAGUGGGCCUUGGGCCUGCCCGUGGACGCCAAGGUCGACGUGUACAGCUACGGCAUCGUGCUGCUGGAGAUCGUCAUGGGGAGCAGGGUAUCCGACCAGACGACGGCGGACGGCGGGGAGCCGAUAGAGCUGUGGCAGAUCGCGCAGGCGCUGAGACAGGUGGUGGCCAGUGGAGACGUUACGUCCCUGGUGGACGGCAGAUUGCAGGGGCAGUUCAACCCUCGGCAGGCCAUGGAAAUGGUGAAGAUUUCCUUGUCGUGCAUGGAGGAGCGGAGCAGCAACAGGCCAACCAUGGAUGACAUUUCCAAAGCUCUCACCGCGUGCGAUGACGAGGAUGAGCACCCUGCGUACCUGUCAUGAUCGAGUUUUAUUUUUUAUAUUUUUCAGAGGAACACUAGUGCGUUCCAUUAUCCUGAUGUGGCCGUUGUUUAAAUCGCCAGCGCACAAGUUCAUUACAAACUGCGGACGAUGGUCAACCCAAACAGAAUGCAUGGUCACCACUCAUCAUCUCCUAAACAGAGACGCCUCGGGCAGCAAGUUCUGGAGCUACACUAUUAUUAUAGGAUUUGGACACACAUUGACCGUUACAUUGUAAAAAACAACACUUAAUUGAGCUUUAAUCUAUAACCAUAGUCGGUCGUCGUGAUCGCCUGCUUCAAGUUGGAAGCAUCCGUCUCCAGGAUGACAUCGUUGUAUCCCACUUGCUGAAAGAACAGACUGAUGCACUGCUCGGGCUGCAAGUAGUCAUUUAUUAUGUAUUUAUUAUGUAUCGGAAGAAGUAUUUUUUAAGUUUAAGAUUUUUUGA